ACCCACCGACGAGGAGCGAUCGUGGACCGCUCGCUCUCCCACUCGCACGAUACACAUCCCACGCUUUCUCGCAUCAUAUAUUAAUAAUUUUUUCCCACCGUCAAAGAGUCAGAACACUUGCUUGAGUGGUGAUUCCAGCCAGAGGGGCAGAGUGCUCAUCUUGUUUGUGGUCUCGGGAAAUAAGGCCCCGGGCCGUACUCUCCUGACAAAUACUUGCCGAGGACAGGCGACCGACUCGUUCAACUCCGUUGAUCAUGGGCGCGUUUGCGUGGGUAACGUUGGCCACCAACGACUCGUAUUCUCUAGGCGCACUUGUUUUAGCACACUCGCUGCGUCGCGCGGGUACUCAACAUGAUCUCGUGAUUCUCAUUACACCUGGUGUCACACAGUCGAUGAGGGAAAAACUGGCUGCAUUAUUUAAUGUGGUGAAGGAAGUUGAUGUAUUAAAUUCAAAUGACGAGGCAAAUCUAUCAGUUCUUCAGAGGCCAGAAUUAGGCAUCACGUUCACAAAACUGCACUGCUGGAGAUUGUUGCAGUAUGAAAAGUGUGUAUUUAUCGACGCAGAUGCUCUUGUUGUCCGGAACUGCGAUGAGUUGUUCGAGCGCGAGGAGCUUUCUGCCGCCCCGGACGUUGGCUGGCCCGACUGCUUCAACUCGGGUGUCUUCGUGUUCAAGCCGUCACUAGAAACGUUUGCCGCGAUCGUGACAUUCGCCGUGAGCCAGGGCUCGUUUGACGGUGCCGACCAAGGCCUCCUCAACAUGUACUUUAGCGACUGGGCGCACAAGGACAUUUCCAAACACCUGCCCUUCAUAUACAAUAUGUGCUCCACUGCUACCUACUCGUACGCACCAGCAUUCAAACAAUUCGCGGCCAAUGUAAGGAUAAUCCACUUCAUUGGUAACACUAAACCAUGGUUGCAGUAUUUUGAUACGAUGACUGGAAUCGUACAAGUUCCACCAGGCUGUGAUCAUUUGCAGCCACUUAUGCAAAUGUGGUGGAACAUCUUUUGCGAAAAUGUUCACCCGCAGCUCUCGGAUGUAAUGGGAGGCCUGGCCGGAGCGUUAUCAAGACUGACCAUGGGUGAAGCUCGCACCGAGGAGCAGCGUGCGGUAGAGGAUCAUGUACGGAAGCAAAAUUGGGAGCAGGGACAGAUUGAUUUUAUGGGUCGAGACAGUUUUGAUAACAUUUUACGGAAGAUCAAUGAAACGCUGGCAUCCGCUCCACCAAGACAACAAUCUCCGGCGAAGGAAACCCGACAGCCCAAAAAGAGCAGCCGCAAAAGCAGUGAGAUGGAAACAGCUGUAGAGGAAGGCGAGGCUACUUUGCCUGUUCUAGACACAGAAGAUGAGUCAAAAACAAUCUUGGCUCCAGAAAUUACAGAAGAUGCUCGCCAAAGAAUUUCUGAAAGUAUUUCAUACCCAACGAACACUGAUAAAGAGUUAGCGGAACGUUUAUCAACCAUCAUAGCAAGUGAAGUUGAUGAAACAAGCAAUGAAAAAAUUUCAACUAUGGAUAAAAGUGUUUAUGAAUCAUUAGAAAAAUUAGUUCCUACAUUAAAAUCGAUAGAUACAUCCGAAACUACUAUGCAAGAAGGAUUGAUGGAACCUCAAGUAAUUUUAGAUGUUAAGCAAACUGAAAAGCAAUCUGAAGUAUCGCCAGCUAUUACGACUGAGACAUUUGAAGGACCAUUACCGACAACCCAAGAAAAAAAAACUCAAAUUGUAUCAGAAGCCACGACCGAGUGUCCUGUACCUAUACAAGUGGCUGAAUCCGUUUUGCAAGCGCAACCUAAGGAAACAGUCUCAGAAGAUGCGAUACCUGUUACAGAAGCUAUCGCUUCUUCUAUAAUUCCUUCGGUUCAAGAAUCUGCUGUAUCUGUAUCUGAAGCUGAAGCUGUUAUUCAACCAGACGAAUGUGCCCUUUCGGAUAAAGUGAUACUUUCACAACCAUCAAACGACAAUGAUACAUUUCUCGAACCAAGAGAGGAAAAAACUUUGACGUCAUCGGAAGUAAAUGGUGUUUUAGCCGCUCAUGAUCUAGGUAAUGAAACACCAAAUCUGAAGACUACUCUAACAGAACAAAAAGAGUCUCAGAGUCACGUAGGAACAGUAGAACUGGGAACAACUCCACUAGAUUGUGCUUCGCCAAAUGAAGAAGUACCAUCUUUGCAAAAGCUUGAGUUAAAAAUUGAUUUACAGUCGACCAAAACAAUUGGAGAAGAAGGUGAAACUCAAGUGUUGGAGGAAGAACAAAAACCAGCUUUAGAAAGUGAGAUCCUUUCUGAAAUUGGUUCAACAACUGGAGAUUCUUUAGUUGAAACGAACGUAGAGCCUCCUGUAAGACCUAGUAGGUCAAAAGAUUUGAAGAUUCCUGAUACCCCGAUAAUAAUUGGGCCAACGCCACCUACCAGUCCUCCGUUGGAUACUGAUGCCAUUGUUGCACUCGAGGAGAGCAGUCAGAAACAAAUACAACCAGAAACUGUAGAUUUGUCAACCGAUAGUGAGUCUCAACUUAAGGAAUCAGCUUCUUUCACAGAUGUUCAAGAACAAAAUCGUGGAGGAAGUGAACAAGUUCAAGUUGAAUCAGUCCAGUUACCAGAGAAAGGAGAAACAGAAAAAAAGAGUAAGAAAAUUGCAAAAAAGUCAUCUGCAGAAAGUGAUACUCGAAGUUCACCGGAAUCUGAAGGAUCGGGUAAAAAAAUUGUUAAGAAAGUUGUGAAAAAAGUAUCGAAGAAAACUAAAGAGGGUACCGAAGAUGACGAGGGUGGUAGUGGUCAUAAGUUAAAAAAGACUGCCAAAACAGAAAAAAAAUUAACUAAAACAGCAUCGACAAGCCUGGAGGCGGAUACCGAUGUUCCUGAAACGCCACCACCACCGUCUUCAAGCACAGAACCUCCAGUGCCUCCAAAAAGGAAAUCCAAAGUCAGUUCCAGCAUUAAAAAAACUGAUAAAAAAUCAGAUCAAUAAUAAUCAAGAAAACAUAUUUAUUUAUAUCUUUCAUAUAAAACUGAUUUCAACGCACAACAAAAAAUGUUUACAGUAACUUAAAAAAAGUAACAAUAAUAAAAGUGCCAGUACCAUCAUUUUUGUACCCUUUUAUACUUCUUUUUAUAAAUUACACUUUCACAUUUUUUAAAACCUCCAAACUUAAAUCUUAUCAAAUUUCUGUAGCAGAUUACGUGGUAAAGUUUUUGACAGGAUCUAAAAUCCAAACAUUUUAUGCAGUAUUUUUUAUAAAAAAUAUGAUAUUCUACAUGUGUGUAAUGACGCCCAGGUUCUGCAAUCGGUUAAUUUUCAUAUAAAAUUAUGAUUGUGCAUGAACUACUUUUUGAAAAAAAUUAUGAACCAACAUGAGACUUAUAUAUUUGAUAAAAUUUGAACUGUGUGAUUUAUUAAGUAAAUUGAGUGGCAUAGUUACUGAAUAUUAUCUUAUAAAAUAUAAUUUUUUUAACCCUUUUCUUUCAGCAAACUGUUUAUUUAAUCAUCCAUAACAAGUAGAAAAGAGCGACAAAUUUCACUAGUACCCCUUAAAGUGAAUGUUACUUUUUUAUACCAUACUCAAAUUGAUAAGCUACUUUAGAUUGUUGUUAUUUCAAUAGUCUGUUAUUUGACAAAUCAGAAACAUGACUAAACAAGAAAAAACUAUUUGAUCGAAGUUGUUGUUAUAAUGUUUAAAAAUUUGUUUUAAUAAUUCAUGAGUCUUUUAGUUAUAAAUGUAUAUUUAAAAAACUAUUAAAUGUAUACUACAUGCGUAGAGAAAAUUCUAGUCGUAAUUGAUCAAUUUACGACAUGUUCAUGAAUGCAAAUAGAGUGUAUUGUCAGUUAUGUAUUAAAAAAAUUUCAGCAACUAAUAAAAUAUUAUUACUUAUU